UAAAUAAAUCGUUUUGUCGAAGCUUCUUCCGUCAGCUCGAAGCAUUUUUUUUUUAGUUUAUUGAAGUCAUUUUGAAGCAACAGAUCGUAUACAACACAAGUGAAUAUAUAUACAUAUAUAAUAAAAUAAUGGCUUAUUCGAAUCGUGGAUUUGAUUUUUAUCUGCCAUCGGGCGGCUGGUGCAAUCCAAAGGAUGACAUGUACUUUCGCCGCAGUGUCGAGUGGGUGCCCGUGCGGAGCGCUGGAAUUGGACGCUCCUUUGCGAUUAACAACGGCGUUAUAUAUCCACGUGUGAUUGGCAUGUUGCCGCGCUACGGUGGACAUGUGCCCGGCGAGAUAUAUAACGUGGGGCACUCCUUUGGGCGUUCCACCGUCGACGCCAAACGCUGGCUGGCCCUGCAUCAUGAGUAAAACUCUAAGCAAAAUAUAAAACAAAAAUUGCAAGCUGCAUAGGCACGUUAAAAAUUCUAUAAAGUAUUUUACAAAAUUAAAUAAAACACAAGUUAGCUAAAA